AUGUCCAUGCUGUUGGGAGCGUCUGCUAAGUCUAUAGUAGAGAAAGAUGUUGACCGGUCUGUCGACGUCUCCUGGCCUUCUCUCUUUGGUCGUGCCAGCCUGACUGACGGAGCGUCUGGUGACGGGGAAUGUGAUCCUUGUGAAGCUGCCUGUUCCGUCAACGAAGUUGGUGGGGGUACCGGUACUAGCAAACGAUCCUCAGACGACGACGAAGAUGAAGCUCCGGCGUUGAGAACGAUCUACGGAAACGCAACCGCUACGGAACCUUGGUUGGAGAAUGAGGUCGCUCGCUGGCACGUCAUCGAAGGUCGUGUGCUCAUUCUUGCGUUCGACUGCGACAAGAUACCCAAUGUCUGCCAGAACAUGUGUUACGGAGUGCACUGCAAAGGCUUCGGAAGCACGCUGACCAUCUCCAGAGCGACGGCCAAAUGUCAGAAUGCGCGGAAGAAGAACUCUUGCGGCUCUAGCAACCCCAACAGAUGCAGUACGAAACACAACCCCCCGUUUGCUACUGGUAAUUCUUGCGAUGAGUAUCCCUUUGCAAGCACCCUGGAGGGUCAACAGGCCGCACAGAACGCGGCUGCCACUCGGUGUGUACCUAGAGGCGAGAAUUCAUCUCAAGGCGGGAGCAUUUCCGGGCUCUACCGUGGACAUGCAGACAACACGCAAUUUACUGUGGAGUUCAAUGGUAACGCGGGAUCGACAGGAUUCUGUGCGAACUUCCCCAAUUGCGCAGCCACAGGUGGUACUAGCCAGCAGUGAAGAGUCCCCAUGACCCUGCACUCCACGUUACUCAUAAACGCCAUCCGAGGAUAUAUAGUUAAGUAGUACCAGGUGCUCGAUAGUUGUUGGUGUUACAUACUACCAGACCGUCCCUGUCAUUG